AUGUGUGGAACAAAGAAAUCGGAUGAUUUAAAUGCUGAUGCGGUAUCCAAGGCCUCUUCACAUAAUGAGGAUUUGGAAAAGUAUGUUGAGAGCUUUGAUAAGAUUAUCUCCAACAUUGGUUCCUUGACAAAUGCCAUUGUAGGAGUCUCUUUGGAUGCUAGUAGAGAAAUAAACGACAAGGCUAAAAGAUGGUCUGAAACUUGGUUUUCCAAGUCAAGAAAUGACCGUGAUUAUGGGUACGAUUAUGACGAGUUGGCAGAAGGGUCCAAAGACUCAGUUGCAUUCCCCCCGUUUUACGAAACUAGAGAUGCGGGAAACAACAAUUGCUUUCCCAAGGAUAUAGUGCCACCAAUCUUGCAAGACUUUUGGAAAAACAACUUAUUUUGGCAAGGCGAACCUUUGAAAUUGAGCAGUUUCCCAUUUGGUUAUCGUGCCUACAAAGGACCCUCAAUAAGACAAUACCAUGAUUGUUUGGACAAACAAGGAAAAUCCAUUUGGGACGAAAAGGGGUACUGGAGAUGUCUUUUCCCAGCAAGUGAAUUCUCGACUCGUUUGUUAGAUUUUAAAAAGAAUUAUUUACAAGACUCAAUAAUAACAAAGGAGGAUUUUUUCGAAAAAAUGAAACAAGUAGGUGAAACUGAGGAUAAGCCUAUAAUUGACUUGCAGGAUCAAGGAAAAUUUUUUAACAAGUAUGAAGAUUAUUUGGGUUGGAAGAGGAACCAAUAUGUAGAGAAGGAGAAGAAGGAAAAGGAAAAGGAAAAGGAACAGGAAAAGAAAGCAUUAUUACAGCUCAAAAAUGCCGGUCUUGAUACGCAGGACCGUUACCUCACCUCAAACUCAGUUAGCUCGAAACUAUUUACGGAUGAAGACACUAAUGAAGUAAAAUUGUUGGAAACAAGAAAACAAUGCUUUAGUGAUGGCAACUGCACCCUUACCAAGAUCACUAAACUGAAACCUAUUGGAAGUGCUCAGUGGGUUAGUGAAGAAGAGCAUACCGAGGAUAUACGAGGAGAAAAUGACGGUAAAGGUAACAAAGGAUGGUUUUGGAAAUAA